UUCUGCCUCUCGCUCAUGUACUGUGCUGUUUAGAGCUUGUUUCCCCCAGCCCUUUUUUUUUUUUUUUUUGGUGCUUUAUUGCUGUUAUUGUUAUUAUCUUAUUUUUUCUUCUUCGUGAUGUGCUGUUAGAAACCACUCCGGGACUACUCCAGCAGUAGGAAGACCGAGGAGUGGAGUGGAUGAAUUUACCGAUGAGAGAUCCAGUAAUCCCUGGGACAAACAUGGCUUAUCAUCCCUUUUUACCGCACCGGGCACCGGACUUUGCCAUGAGCGCUGUGCUGGGACAUCAGCCUCCCUUCUUCCCGGCUCUGGCUUUGCCUCCCAACGGGGCAGCCGCCCUGUCCCUUCCCGGGGCUCUGGCUAAACCCAUCAUGGAUCAGUUAGUGGGGGCUGCAGAGACUGGUAUUCCCUUUUCUUCCCUGGGUCACCAGGCAGCAGCCCAUCUGAGGCCUUUAAAAACUCUGGAGCCAGAAGAAGAGGUAGAAGACGAUCCGAAAGUGCAUCUGGAAGCUAAAGAGCUUUGGGAGCAAUUCCAUAAAAGAGGCACAGAGAUGGUGAUUACCAAAUCGGGAAGGAGAAUGUUUCCUCCAUUUAAAGUGAGAUGCACUGGACUGGAUAAAAAGGCCAAGUACAUUUUAUUGAUGGAUAUUGUGGCGGCUGAUGAUUGUAGGUACAAAUUCCAUAAUUCCCGGUGGAUGGUAGCCGGCAAGGCUGACCCUGAAAUGCCAAAGAGAAUGUACAUCCACCCGGACAGCCCGGCCACCGGCGAACAAUGGAUGUCCAAAGUCGUCACCUUUCACAAGCUGAAGCUCACUAACAACAUCUCUGACAAGCACGGAUUUACCAUUUUAAACUCCAUGCACAAGUACCAGCCCCGGUUCCACAUCGUCCGAGCCAACGAUAUCCUCAAGCUUCCUUACAGCACGUUCAGGACCUACGUUUUCCCGGAGACUGAAUUCAUCGCAGUGACCGCAUACCAGAAUGAUAAGAUCACGCAAUUAAAAAUUGACAACAACCCCUUUGCCAAAGGUUUUCGGGACACCGGGAAUGGAAGGAGGGAAAAGAGGAAGCAGCUGACCCUGCAGUCCAUGCGGGUGUACGAUGAGAGGCAGAAGAAGGAGAAUCCCACCUCGGACGAGUCGUCCAAUGAGCAGACGGCCUUCAAGUGCUUUGCCCAGUCCUCCUGUCCUGCCGUGCCUGCCGUGGGCACCUCCAGCCUCAAAGAUCUCUGCCCCAGCGAGGGAGACAGCGAUGCAGACAGCAAAGACGAUCCCUUGCUAGAAGGAAACGAGUCGGGCAAAAUCAGCACGACCACCGCCGCCACCCCAGCGCCGGCCAGCUCUGCUGCCACCGCCGGGGACGACCCCCGGGACAAGGGCGGCAGCCCCUCCAAAAGCCACUUCUUCCCUGGGGACUCGGCAGGGAGUCGGAGCCGAGAGAGGACUGAGAAAGCCCCUCCGGACUCCCGGCACAGCCCGGCUACCAUCUCUUCCAGCACCCGGGGGGGAAGCCUGAGCGGGGAGGAACUGAAAAGCCCCCUCAGGGAUGGCCCCAAAGUAGAUGAGAACCGACUGCUGGGGAAAGAGCCCUUCACCCCCCUGACGGUCCAAACCGACAGUACGGCCCACCUGAGCCAGGGACACUUGCAGAACCUCGGCUUUCCCCCUGCCCUGGCCGGCCAGCAGUUCUUCAACCCGCUGGGGAACGGGCACCCGCUGCUGCUGCACCCCGGGCAGUUCGCCAUGGGGGGAGCCUUCUCGGGCAUGGCCGCGGGCAUGGGGCCCCUCCUCGCCACCGUCUCCGGGGCGUCCGCCGGGGUCUCGGGACUGGACAACACGGUCAUGGCCACGGCGGCGGCCCAGGGACUCUCGGGAGCAUCGGCGGCUGCUUUGCCUUUCCAUCUGCAGCAGCACGUCCUGGCUUCACAGGGCCUGGCCAUGUCUCCCUUCGGCAGCCUUUUCCCCUACCCCUACACCUACAUGGCGGCGGCGGCCGCCGCCUCCAGCGCCGCUUCCAGCUCGGUGCACCGGCACCCGUUCCUGAGCGCCGUGCGGCCGCGGCUCCGCUACAGCCCCUACCCGCUGCCCGUGCCGCUGUCGGACGGCAGCAGCCUCCUCACCACCGCCCUGCCCGGCCUGGCCGCCGGCUCCGGAGAGGCCAAGGCGGGCGGGCUGAGCGCCAGCCCCGGCUCCGUGCCCCUGGACUCCGCCUCGGACCUCACCAGCCGCUCCUCCACGCUCUCGUCCGGCUCCGUGUCCCUGUCCCCCAAGCUGGGCGCGGACAAGGAGGCGGCCACCAGCGAACUGCAGAACAUCCAGCGCCUGGUCAGCGGGCUCGACCCCAAGCAGGACAGAUCCCGCAGCGGCUCCCCGUAACCCCCGGCCUCCGGGAGCUCAUUUCAAAUCCGUCUCGCAGUGCACUUUGUUUGAAAGAAACCACAUCCUCCACCCCGCGAGUGUUUGUUUUUUACCCCCUUCUUUAUUUUGGUUUUUUUUUUCACCCUACUUCUAUUUUUUUUUUUAAUAUAAAAUCCCGCGGCGUUUAGCAACAAAAAGGUAUCUGGUGGAGCAGGGAAAAAAGGGUCGGGGAUGGGGGAGUGCUGGGUCGGAGGCUCCUCACAGGGAUCGAGGCACUGGUGGGGUUUGUGGCAUCCUCCUUUAAUUUUCUUUUUUACCAGUGUAAAAAAAAAAAACCUUAAACCCAAAACCAAAAUACACCGGAAAAAAAAA